CCCUUUCCUGGGGGCGCACCGCCUAUUUAAAGGUCCGCGGCGCCAUUUCCACGGCGUGGUUCUUGGGCUGGGGUCUGCGCAGUUCAGCUGUCAUGGCCACCCAUGUCGUGCUCAACACCGGUGCCAAGAUGCCCAUCGUGGGCCUGGGCACCUGGAAGUCCCCUCCAGGCCAAGUGACAGAGGCUGUGAAGGUAGCAAUUGACCUUGGGUACCGCCACAUCGACUGUGCCCACGUGUACCAGAACGAGAAUGAGGUGGGGCUGGCCAUCCAGGAGAAGCUCAAGGAGCAGGUGGUGAAGCGUGAGGACCUCUUCAUCGUCAGCAAGCUAUGGUGCACGUACCAUGAGAAAAGCCAGGUGAAAGGAGCCUGCCAGAAGACGCUCAAAGACCUGAAGCUGGACUACCUGGACCUCUACCUCAUUCACUGGCCAACGGGCUUCAAGCCCGGGAAGGAGUUUUUCCCGUUGGAUGGGGAAGGCAAUGUGAUUCCCAGUGACACUGACUUUCUGGACACAUGGACGGCCAUGGAAGAGCUGGUGGAUGAAGGGCUGGUGAAAGCCAUCGGAAUAUCCAACUUCAACCAUGUCCAGAUCGAGAAGAUCUUAAACAAACCUGGCUUAAAACAUAAGCCAGCAGUUAACCAGAUCGAGGUCCACCCGUACCUCACUCAAGAGAAGCUAAUCCAGUACUGCCAAUCCAAAGGCAUCGCGGUGACUGCCUACAGUCCUCUCGGCUCUCCCGACAGGCCCUGGGCCAAGCCCGAGGACCCUUCCCUACUGGAGGAUCCCAGGGUCAAAGCGAUUGCAGACAAGCACAAUAAAACCGCAGCCCAGGUUCUGAUCCGGUUCCCCAUCCAGAGGAAUGUGGUCGUGAUCCCCAAGUCUGUGACACCCCAACGCAUUGCUGAGAACAUUCAGGUCUUUGACUUUGAACUGAGCAGCGCGGAUAUGUCCACCUUACUCAGCUACAACAGGAACUGGAGGGUCUGUGCCUUGUCGAGCUGUGCCUCCCACAAGGAUUAUCCCUUCCGUGAAGAGUUUUGAAGCGGUGGGCGUCUGCUCUUCCCCAAGUGACCUGCUGGUGUGUUUCCUACUUCAUUUUCCCCAUAUGUAGCGUGGUAUAGCCUGUGUCCCACAGCAGUGGAUCAGCGACCUGAAGACGAACCAGCGAGGGCUUGGCCAGUGUGGUGUUGGGUCUGAAGAGUAGCGUCAGUAGAUUAGAAGUCUCUCCCAGUUUUCUUUACCCUUCUUGUCGUCCCGCUGGGGAAAGCACAACCUGAAUACCCUUUUCUGACUAAGUUCAAUCUACAAAGUCAAAAUAGUGCCACUAACAAUUGGAUUUUGCCUGCUUGAAACUGUAACCCUUUCAGCCAGGCUUUUCUUUGCCUCAAAUAAAAAGUACGUUUGUGAGCUUGA